AUGUCAUCGGAAGUGUCAUCAUCCUCAAGCGAAUGGAAUCCAGCUUUAGCUUCUCGUCGUGCUUCCGUUCCUAUGGAGAUCAUAAUUGGAGGCAUCAUGUCUGAAAUAAUAAGCAUUACUAUCGACUCAGAUGGAAAACCUAUCUUCACUGCUGCGCCAUCAUCGAAUGUGGGAUCCCCUGUACUCCCUGAACGUCGGAAGGUUGGAGACAAAGAGAAGAAGAAAGUGGAUAGCAGGAGUGGAUCAAAGAAGAGAUCUUCUUCUCAGAAGAAGAAAACAACGACAACCACAGCUCUACAGAAGGCAACAAAGAAAAAGGAGGUGUUGGAUAAGGAGAGAGAGAGUUCCGAAGACUCCCAAACCUCCUUGAUGAACAUUAACAUGGCCACCUGUUCGAUUGGAGCUCCAGCACCACGAGGAUCCAAGCAAAUCGAGCAUCUUCCAGAGUACGACUUCGUUCGGAAAGAACUUGUGGUAACCGUCAGAGACGCCGUCAUCCAAACUGAUCUUUUCUAA